AUGGAUACAUUGACGCUAACAGAAGUUAAGAAUAAACGAACUGCCAUAAAGGCCUCUGCAACACGAUUGAAAACUUACAUUGAAAAUUUCGACGUACAACAAGGUUCGCGACACGACUUGACCGAACGCAAAACUAGAUUAUCCGAAUUAUGGAGUCAAUUUGACGUCGUGCAAUCGCGAAUAGAAAUCUUCGAAAACGCUGACCCAACAGUCAUAGACAAAGAAGCACUUCAAGCUCAGCAAGCACAACAAAGAGCGAGUUUUGAAACUCCCUAUUAUAACCUAAUGACGCGUUAUAAUUCUCUUCUCGAUCAUUAUGAUCGGCAAUUACAGCGUGUCUCACCGGCACUGGUACCGGCACGUCAAGAUGAAACUCCUAUUAGCGUCAACAGGGAAUCGCGUGUUAGGUUGCCAAAAAUAGUACUUCCAGUUUUUACAGGUGCCUAUGACGAUUGGUAUUCAUUCGAAGAUACCUUCGACAAAUUGAUACAUACCAAUGAGGAUUUAUCGGAAAUUGAAAAGUUCCACUACCUGCGGUCGUCACUCCAGGGCAAGGCUGCAGAGAUAAUAAAGUCCAUUGAUACCACUACCGACAAUUACAACGAGGCUUGGGAAGCUGUUAAGGAGCGAUUUGACAAUAAGCGCUGGAUAAUCCAGAAACACCUCCGAGCCAUCUUUGAAGCUCCGCUGCUGAUUAAAGAGAAUCAUAACAACCUUCCUAAAGCAUGGGAAACUAGUAUUCCUGACAAGGAAAUCCCAAAUCUAAAGUCAUUGACGGAAUUUCUCUCUAAACGUUGCCAAGCGCUUGAAACAAUUUAUAGCAAGACACCAGUUGCUCAAUCUAGUAAUACAUCAAAAUUUCCUAUCAAAUCUAAGGGAUCUUCGGUCACGAAUCUUGCCACAUCUAAUUUGGCUUGCCCACAAUGUAAGGCAAAUCAUCCAUUAUACUACUGUGAAGAUUUUCUUAAACUUCCAAUAGAUAAGAGAAUUCAGCUAGUAAAGAAAUUUCGCUUAUGUACUAAUUGCUUAAGAUCCACAUCGCAUCAAGCUAAGACUUGCACUUCAGGCGCUUGUCGCACAUGUACUAGAAAACACAAUACAUUGUUACAUCUAUCUAAUUCCGUCAAUGAUAACAAAACGAUCACUUCAACUGAACCUGUAUCUUCUGAAGUAGAGACUACUGCGCAACCGAUCGUUACUCAAUAUUUGUCGACCCAACAUUCCUUAAGUAUUAUACUAUCUACGGCCGUCGUACAUGUUUACGACUCCAAAAAUGAGACUCACUCAGCUCGCGUUUUAUUAGACAAUGGGUCUCAAAUAAAUUUCAUAUCACGAGACUUAGCUAAUAAGUUACGACUCAAGGAAGCCUCUAUCAAUAUCUCCAUUUCCGGCGUAGAUCAGGCAGCGAUUCAAACCAAAAGCAUGAUUAACGUACGUGUUAAAUCACGAUUCAAUAACUUUUGCGAAAACAUAGAAUGUAUAAUCUUACCAAGAAUCACGCAACCAUUGCCUCAAAGAUUUAUAUCGAAACCAGAAAUUGUAGUACCCGAUCAUAUAAAGCUCGCUGACCCCAAUUUCAAUGUACCAGCAGAUAUUGAUAUGCUGAUCGGUGCGGAGCUAUUUUGGAGGCUCCUUUGUGCAGGACAAAUUCGAACAUCUAGAUCCCAACCAAUUUUACAAAAAACUCAUUUAGGCUGGAUUAUAUCUGAUCCGACACUAUGUAAAGACACAAGUACAAGCUCUCCAGUCGUUAGUUGUCUGGCAGUGACAGAAGAUCUAAAUCGCACACUUAAUCGAUUUUGGGAAGUCGAUCACGUUAUGUCUCUUCCUGAAACCUCUCCUGAGGAACAAGCCUGUGAACGGUUCGUUCAGGACACGGUGAAGCGCAACAGCGACGGACGCUUCGUAGUACAGCUACCAAUCAAAUCAGACAAAUUAAUGAGUCUUGGAGAAUCUAGGGAUAUAGCUACACGUCGUUUCAAAUCCUUGGAAAGGCGACUUAUAAACUCACCAAAGAUGUAUACGGAUUACAAGCAUUUCAUUCAAGAUUACAUCGAUCUCGGGCACAUGCGAGAGGUAACACAUCCUUUGGAAUCCGUCGAUAAAACUUACUAUCUCCCACACCAUGCGGUAUAUAAGGAGACAAGUACUACAACCAAAUUGAGAGUCGUUUUCGACGGCUCCUGCAAAAGUUCAUCUGGAGUUUCUUUAAAUGAAGUACUAAUGGUUGGCCCUACCAUCCAGGAUGAUCUUUUUUCGAUAUUGGCCAGAUUCCGUACAUUCAAGUAUGCCUUGACUGCUGACAUUGCCAAGAUGUACAGACAGGUUUUGAUUGAUCCCAGUCAAACUGCUCUUCAACGCAUUUUGUGGCGUAAUUCUAUAGAUGAACCAAUUCGAACAUUUGAACUGAUGACUGUCAUAUAUGGCACUGCGUCUGCGGCAUUUUUAUCCUUUCGUGCCCUCAGGAAGUUAGCUGAGGACAAUAUCUUCAAGUUUCCCAUCGGAGCCAAAACUGUACUAAGUGACUUCUACGUCGAUGAUUUGGUUACUGGUGCCGACUCAUUGCAACAAGCAUUAACUAUCAAGACCGAGACCUCUCAGCUGCUCACAGAAGGCCGAUUUGAGCUACGCAAAUGGGUUUCCAAUGAGCCAAGUCUUCAAGACGAUUCAUCGUUAUAUCCUCUAAGGGAAUUCAUUCUAUCAUCUGACAAAGACAGCGAGACGCGAACGUUGGGCCUUGUAUGGCAAUAUGCAUCCGAUCACUUCAAGUUUUCUAGCAUCGCUUGUCUACAAUCGUUAUCAACUCCCACUAAGAGAAGCGUUCUUUCAAGAAUUGCAUUGAUUUUCGAUCCGCUUGGGCUGCUUGGUCCUUCGACAGUCAUCGCUAAAAUCAUAAUGCAAGACCUUUGGCGCCUCAGGAUCGACUGGGACGAAUCCCUACCCUUGGAUGUGAACACCAAAUGGAAACGCUACGAAGCUGAGCUACCAGCUUUAAGGGGCAUAGCCAUACCACGACGCGUUAUUGCAUUAGAUGAAUAUGUCAGCUUGGAACUCCAUGGUUUUGCGGAUGCUAGUGAGCUAGCUUAUGGCGCUUUAUCUAUACCACGUCUUGAGCUGUGCGCGGCUUUACUAUUGGCACGACUCGCCAACAAAAUUCUAAAAGGUCUGACCCACCAGAUAAAGUCCGUAUAUUUGUGGACCGACUCCACCAUAGUAUUGGCGUGGCUUCAAUCAGUUAGUCGCACCUGGACUCCGUUCGUUGCCAACCGUGUUGGUGAAAUCCAACAGUUGACCACUAUACAAGACUGGCAUCAUAUAAGCAGCCAAGAUAAUCCAGCCGAUCUACUUUCUAGAGGAGUUAUGCCUUCUUUGCUCCAACAGUCUAAUCUUUGGUGGUCAGGACCUAAAUGGCUGAAUCUCAACCUGGAAGAUUGGCCGCGAUUACAUCAUACUAUAGCUAAGAAGGAUAUUCCAGAAUUCAAAUCCAACGUUAUCUCCGCUAUCGUCACAGAAGAACCAUUCCUCGACGUUGAAGUUGGUCGAAACAGUUCGGUACUGCGUUUAAAUCCUUUCCUUGAUGAAGCAGGAAUCUUAAGAGUCGGUGGCCGCCUCAAGCUAUCGCACCUUCCGUACAAUGCCAAACAUCCGGCCUUGUUACCAGGCCGUCAUCCUCUUUCGCAUCUCAUUAUUAGACACGAACAUGAAAGGCAUCUGCACGCGGGCCCCCAAGCCACGUUGGCUGCUGUUCGCCAAAACUAUUGGCUCGUUUCCGCCAGGGAUGUUGUGCGUCAGAUCACACGUAAAUGUGUCACUUGUUUCCGAAGCUCACCAAAAACUGCAUCUGCGCUUAUGGGCAAUCUUCCUAAACAUAGGAUCACAGUCCCUGCAAGGCCUUUCGAAAAAUGUGGAGUAGACUACGCUGGUCCUUUUCACUACAAAGAGGGAUCAAGAAGAUCGGCUAAGUUGCUAAAAUGCUAUAUGGCAAUCUUCGUUUGCUUUUCGACCACAGCUGUUCACAUCGAACUAGCAACGGACUUAUCUACUGAAGCCUUUUUGAACGUUCUAAAACGCUUUAUUUCAAGAAGAGGCUAUCCAUCUGAUAUUUACUCCGAUAACGGCCUAAAUUUUGUAGGUGCCGAACGUGAAUUGAAGGAAUUAGCUACCUUGUUCAAUAAUCAAGAAGAACAACAAAGGAUCAUCAAUUAUAUGGCCAUCAGACAGAUUCGUUGGCAUUUUAUACCGCCUAGAGCGCCUCAUCAUGGCGGGCUUUGGGAAGCCGCCGUUAAGAGAGCCAAACGCCAUCUCUAUCGGGUAACCAAGGAUAUCAAACUGAGAUACGAAGAAUUGGAGACUCUGCUCAUUCAAAUCGAGGCAGUUUUGAACUCUCGCCCUCUUAGGCCGAUGUCGUCGCAUCCUGAUGACCUCACACCUUUGACUCCGGGACAUUUCUUAAUAGGCGGUCCAUUAGCCGCGUAUCCGGAACCAUCACUAGAAGAUGUACCUAGCAAUCGUCUCUCACACUGUCAAUGUGUUGAGCAAUUCCGCCAGCACAUUUGGCAACGUUGGCUGAAAGAAUAUCUUCAUCACUGCCAGCAACGCGAUAAAUGGAAAAUUAAAACAAACCCAAUCCGUGUCGGACAGAUGGUUCUCCUAAAGGAGGACAAUACUCCACCAUUAUCUUGGCCAUUAGCUAGGAUAGUAGAAAUACACCCCGAUAGUGACAAUAUUGUUCGUACCGUUACGAUUCUAGAUGCUAUUGGCGUAACAAUUUGUGAUGAUACAAAUAACAAUGAAACCAAUACUUCCCAUCUGGAUCAUAUCUGUCAGAAAGAUGUUCGCGUACCUGCAUCGAAUAACGAUGAGACUGAUAUUUUCAGUACAGAAAGUAAUUGUCAAAGUGAUGUUCAUGUACCUAUACCUUGUGUAGAUGCUAUUGGCGUAACAAUUUGUGAUGAUACAAAUAACAAUGAGACCGAUACUUCCAAUCUGGAUCAUAUCUAUCAGAAAGAUGUUCACGUACCUGCAUUGAAUAACGAGGAGACUGAUAUUUUCAGUACAGAAAUAGAUGCUAUUGGCGUAACAAUUUGUGAUGAUACAAAUAACAAUGAGACCGAUACUUCCAAUCUGGAUCAUAUCUGUCAGAAAGAUGUUCGCGUACCUGCAUUGAAUAACGAGGAGACUGGUAUUUUCAGUACAGAAAGUAAUUGUCAAAGUGAUGUUCAUGUACCUAUACCUUGUGUAUUUGAUGUCGAUACAACAAUAAAUUUGCUAAAUCUUAAUUAUGAAAAUAUUGAAGCUGAAAACGAGGAUAUCGAAGUAUUGGUUUCUUCUGCAAAUAACGAGUCCAAUAACAUGGAGUCGUGUGCUAAGAAAUUGAGAUUUAGCACUACUGAAGAACUAUUGGAAGGUGUGGAAGACAUAAGUAUAUUACCUUUGGGUCAACAAGAUGCAACUAAUAAAGAAACUGUCGAAGUUCUAGCAUCUUAUG